CAGUAUUUUGUCGUCAACAAUGGCGAGUGAUUUUGUGCGGGAAGAAAUUGUGGCUGAGAAAGUGGAGAAAAAUGUCUCAAAUCAGAGUGAAAGUGGUGCCAAUGAGGAGCAGAACGCCUUGUCCAGUGAUUCUGAGAGCAAACUCACCAUUUGCACGAGUCUUCCGGUAAAGAAGCGACGAUUGAAAAGGAAACUCACUCCAGAGCGCAAGCAACCGGUCCAGCAGACUACAAGUGAUGACCCAGAAGUGUCAGAGGUGAAAAAUCUCUCUCCAGACGAGAUCAGGAAGAUUAUAAAGACUGUUGUGUCCAAUGAUCACGUCCUGGCGAUAGUGCGUCUGAAGGAGGAGGAGGCGGACGAGGAGGAGGUGGAAAUUGAGCGAGAGGCUGUGGAUCUCAUGCCAAAGUUGACGCGAUUGAAGGCGAAGGAGCUGAACAAGCAGCUGCCGUCCAUCAUUCCGCUGACGCUGAAGCCUCCGGACGAUGAGUCAGAGACGGCGAUGCUGCUGACGAAGGAGCUGGACGAGGAGGAUGCCGACGAUGAGGAGUACAAGCCGUCCGUGGAGGAUUUCCUGUCGGACGACGAGACAAACACGUCAAUCUCCGACGUGGACUCGCAGCCGGCCACUCCGGCGGAUCCUGUGGCACUGCAGGAGGAGGAGAACAGCGUGCAAUACACGCACGAUGGGCUGUUCAAAGUGCCGCAGACGUGCGCCACGCCGUCGCCCAGUAAGAAGCCGCCGGACGGCUUCCGGCCGCCGGCGUUGGGCACAAGAUCGAAGGUGUCACUCACGAAGACCGCCAUCGAGGACAUCGAGGAGACCUUCGUGCCGCCAGACAUCACCACGGACAUGUACGACAUCGAUUGCGACAUGGACAACGUGUGGCAGGAGUUCCUGAACGCCUUCCGACGGCCGCUGCCCACGCCGGAGACGCACGAGGAGGACGAGGAGGCGGAUCCGGAGUACGUGGCGGCAGAUCAGAUUCCGCUGGACAAGGAGGAGCUGCGCGAGGUGAAGGUGAGUCGCAAGGAGCUGAGUGAUCUAAUGGCGGAGCUCUUUGACGGCAUCAAUGAUGACGCCGAGAUCAUCGGCGCAGAAGUGCAGCAGCCGCCGACUGGCGAGGAGGAGGCGUGCGGCGCUCGCACAAAGCCCACGCCCACGAAGUACCAGAAGAACCCUCGGCUGGACGACACGCCGGAGCCGCUGGUGUACGAAAUGCCGACGCACUCCACGCCGCUCGUCUAUCACUAUCAGCCGCCGGCGCCGCCGUUCCAGGAGGCGCUCGACAUGUCCGCCGUGCUGGAGAAUUCGCUGGACAUGGAGCUGCUGUCCGACAGCUCGACGGAGGUGAUGAACUUCACCGCCGCGGACACGCCCAAGGAGAUCUUCUACAAGGUGAUGGAGCUGAAGUUCCGCCAGAUGUCACGCAUGCAGCCCGUGGAGGCGUUCGAGCCUGGUCAGGUGGGCUUCACGGACUUCCAGCGGCAGAUUCUCGCGCAGCAGCUGCGCAUGCAUGUGCAGCUCAAUGUGCAGCACUUUGUGCAGACAUACUCGCAUCCCAAGCUGUGGCGUGACGCUGAGAAGCCUCGCCGGAUGCUGGCAGAGCUCCUCGAGAGCGCCCGGAGCAAUCGCAACUCCGCCUUCAAUGCCAUCAAUCUGCAUGGCGCCAUUGAGCUGUGCGACUCGUGGCAGCGGGAAAUGGAUGUGGUGAGUGAGGAGAAUGCGCAGCUGAUGAGGGAGUUGCAGGAGACUGUGCGACUGGAGGAGGAGCGGAAGAAUGUGAAGCAGUGGAGCAUGAAGAUGUUCAACAGUCGCAUUGUGAAUCUCAUGAUCAAUUCCACGGUGUUUCUCUAUCCAAAACUCCUGCCCAACAUUCCCUUCCGCAUCAUGCCGUUCCCCUACAACUUCCACCGCAACGAGGGCAGCGUCAUCAUCCACUUCUACGACACGGUGCUGCAGGAUCUGCGCGAACAGGCGCGCCAGCAGCGGAAGUACAUCGAGCCGAGCCGGAUGCGCGUGUGCGAGAAGAUCUGCCGCUACAUUUGCGACUGGCGAAAUCCGAGGCAGAUCUACAAGUAUCUGGAUAGGGAGAAGCGCUCAAAAACCAUGAAUCCGAUCAGGUUCUACUUCGAGAAUAAUCGCCUUCUGCCUGUGUGUCAUGUGAUAGAGAGCAUCAAUCCCAACCAGGUUCCGGCUGAUCUGCCCACCAGUAGUCUGCCCAAGAACUGGGAAGCCUUUUUCCUGGCGGAGAAGAAGAGGAAGCAGAAGGCACAGAAGGAGCGUGAAGUGCUGACCCAGAAGCGAAAGAGGGCGAAGGUGAAGCAGAAAGUGCGGGAGUUGAAGAGCAAUCCGGGAAGCUUGAGUCGCAUCUCGUGGGAUUCGUCGGGGGCAGAAGAGGAGGAGGUGCAGGAGGAGAAGGAGAUUCUGGGGGAUCUCCUGGGCAGUGGCGUGGUGAGACUGAAGAAGAAGCUGGAGAGAAUCCUCAGGGAGUACAAUUGUAGUCCGGAAGAGAGAUUGCGGGACUUCCGAAGUUGCGCCAUUCUGUCGAAGAUCUUUAAUUUCUUCUGGGAGUUCGAUUUGUUUGUGCGCGUGCUGCGCAAGGCCAUGCAGGCGGACAAGAGGGCGCGCGAGGAGGAGGCCAAGAAGGUGGUGGACGAGGAGCAGGAGAAGCCGAAGAGGCACAAGCAUCGGCUGCACGACAGCAAUCGGCUGCUGCUGCUGCCAGAGCGCAGUGAGGAUGUGAUGCAGAAGGAUUCCGUGUACUCGUGGAACUUCUUCGAGAAGGUGGAGUGCACAUUCAAGGCGGCCAAGCAGUUUGACAAAUUCGAGCGCUUCCUGGUCAUUCUCAACACCUUCAAGCCGGGCAGAGAUGAAGUGGCGGAUCUGUACUAUCGCCUGGAGGAUCUCUUUCUGCCCGAUCAUCCGGAGCUGGCGGAGUUGUUUCUCACACUCCUGCUGCCCGGCCAUGCGGCGCAGCUGGGGAAGUUCUUCGAGCACUUCAUGCUCACCAACAUGCAGACGCUCCUCAUGCGCAUCAACACGUACUUCGCCAAGCAGCCGCAUCAGCUCAAGAAGAUCUACGCGUGUCUCAAUGAGUUGUCGCGCGAGGAAGGUCUGACCAUGGACAAGAUCAAGGCGCGCUUCCUGCCGCUCCUCAAGGGCAAUCAACUGCUCACCGACUGGUUCCUGCAACUCUUCCCCAACGAGCGUCCGCCGGCCAGCGAUGGCGAUGAGUUCGAGGUGGUCUCGCUGCGCAAGCACGUGCCGGAGGAGGAGGUGGCCAAGAGGAGUCUCACGGAGGAGAUCCAGACAGAUCGACUGGCGGAUCCCUUCGACAACGCGCCGUGCUCCAUCAAGUACAUGCAGGGCCGCAUUUACUACGGCAAUCGCGUCCUGCUGCCGGCCGAGCUGUCCUUCCUCGCUGCCAGUCAGGAGGCGGCGGAGAGUCGCCAGGACAAGGCCAGUCGCGCGAGGAGCGACGCCAAGUGCGUCCACGAGAUCAAGCAGGCGUGGGACCAGAAGAUCCAGGAGGGCCUGCGACUGCUGCAAUCGGAGCCGCCGGACGCCGGCCCAGCAGAUGCUGCCGCCGCGGACGAUCACGUCGCCGAGCAGCCGGCGAAGCUGUGCGACUAUCCGACGCUGAAGAUGCACGCGUAUCGCCUGAAUCCGCACGCCAUCACCAGCGAGAUGGUGCUGGCGUGCCAGGAGUCGGCCGAGGAGGGCAAGGCGUCGCCGAAGAAGGCGGGCGGCAGCAAGAAGAAUCCCACGUCACCAAAGAGGAGUGCGACGAAGGGCGGCGCCAAAGUGGAGACGGAUUCGGCGGUGGAAAUGGCCAGGCGACUGAAGAUGUUCCUCACGGCCGAGGAGAAGCCGCCGAAGCCGCGAAGAGUACGACAGAAGAAGCCGCCGGAAGAUGAGGAGGAAGAGGAGGAGGAGGAGAAAGAGGAAGUCAUUCCGGAGAAGGUGGAGACGAGUGAAGAGGACGUGACGUGGACACGCGACCAGGACAAGGUGAUCCUGGAGGUGAUCAACGGUGAGCUGGACUCGGAGGAGGAGGUGAUUGAGCGCCUCGUGGAGCUGAUGACUGAGCGGACGCGCGAGCAAAUCACCACGAGAUUCCACUUCCUGCUCAACGUGCUGCGCAAAUUCAACACGGACGACUGACAGGCGCUUUAUUAAAUGCUUUUACGUUCAA